UUGGGAGAUAGGAAGUACUUAAUAGCACAAGAAAUGUUUUGAUCAGAAAAAAGUGAUCAAAUGCGAAGCAAGAAUAUUUUAAUCAUGAAUAUUCAAGAAUUUCGUGGAAAUGUUUCUAUAUUCUCGAGCCAAGGAGAUUGAAAAAAUUCUGGCAUGAAUAUUCAUUAGUGGUGUACGAGACCUAAGGUUAGAUUCCUCCAGGUGAAAUAGAGGCUCAGAGAUCCACCGCGAACUCUACAAUAGUUGCCGACAACAGUAACUUCUUGUGAACUUCCGAUGAAUGAAAUGCUUAGAAGGAUUUGUAGGCGCAACUUCUGCACUUGUUCUCCUCGGCCAUGGCUCUUUUUUGGGUUGGGCGAUCCUGGUGAUAAAUACAGGGGAACGAGACACAAUGUUUGUUUUGAAAUGCUUGAUUCAUUUGCAGAGUCGCUGGGGAUUCAUAUGGAGACAGCACAUUGUAAAGCUAUGUUUGGAAAAGGUUUUAUCAGUGGCGUUCUAGUUCUCCUAGCAAAGCCAGAAACUUGCAUGAAUUUGAGUGGUGAAUCUGCAGGCCCACUUGCAGCAUAUUACAACAUCCUUCUCACUCGUGUGGUUGUGUUUCAUGAUGAUAUGGAUUUACCAUGUGGAGUUCUUUGUCUUCACCCUAAGGGAGGUCAUCACAGCCAUAAUGGAUUGAAGAGCAUGAUUUAUCAUUUUUGUGGAAAUCGAGAAUUUCCUCGGUUAAGGAUAGGUGUUGGAAGACCUCCUGGUCAAAUGGACACCAAAGCAUUCAUGCUUCAAAAAUUUAACGCAACUGCUAGAGAACGAAUUGAUGCUGCAUUACUUGAAGGAGUACAUGCAUUGAAGCAGGUCUUAUCCAAAGGCUUCUCCGAAAGUUCUAAAUGCUUCAAUAUAGAGCAGAAGUACAAGCACAUAAGAUUGCAGUCACUGCCAAGAUGACAUCAUGCUUCAAGCUAGGUGUUCAAUAGCCUCCAUGCAUCUCUUUACUUGGACUGGCCAGCGUUUCCUCUUUACCACAUCAAACGAGAAGUCAGGUGUAAUCACAUACCAAAAUCCAUGGCCAGAUCUUUUUGCCUAAGCACCACUGGCUGAAAAUCUAUUUGUGAAUGUUACUACCCUUGUUUAGGCAACUGUUUUGGGUUUGAAACAGAUGGAAGAUGAUUUUGGUCAAGCUGGAAGUUCAAAGUUGACCUAGUCCAUAGUGAUUGCUAGGAUGCAUGAAUACCCACUCUUUUAAUUCCCUGAUUCUCGAAUAUGGUCUGGAUGUUUUCCUUUUGUAAAAUUGAAAUUGCAAGCUUAUUCUCCCUAGUACCAAAUACUUCCCUCCUGCAUCCCCUGACGCUCCUAGAAGAAACCGUUGUGUCUCUUUAUUAGAGAAGAUGUCUGUACCUAUAUCUGGUUUAUUGAUAUCUCCCCUUGCCUACUCUCAUACGUGGAUUAGAAGUAAGCAAAAAGGAUAUAUUAUUGACUUAAAAAAAGAUUCCUCCAGGCAAAUUGAAGGUACAACAACAACAACAUACCCUGUAUAUUCCCACAUGUGGGGUCUGGAUAGUGUGUACGCAGGCCUUACCCCUACGGCCCUACCCAAUGAAGGUAACCAAGGUAACCAGGCGAAUUGAAGGUAAUGAAGGAAAAUAAAGGAAAUGUUAUAGCUAAUACAACCCUAUCAAAAAACAAAUAUAGCAAGUGAAGAAACAAUACAUAUGUACUAAAACGGUAACAAGUGAGUUCAAGGUGGGUUUAAAGGCUUAGGGCAUUGACUGCAAGAAUCAUGUGGCAGAGUGAGGAGGUAAAAAGAGAGAUUAAAAAAAAAUGGAGAAGCCUGGAAGAGUAUAAAAGAAUAAAGAAAGAGUCUAAAGAGGUGAUUAACGAAGUUAGGUAAAUCCUUAGAUGAGUUAAACCAAAAGUAACGGAUGUACGAAGGUAGGAAAGAAAUGUAUAAGCUAACACGAUGACACAAAAAAGGGGUAAAGACAUGGACCAAGUUAAGUAUAGUAAAGAUGAUUUCAACAAGUUUUGACAGGAGACAAAAAGUUCAAAGAAAGAUGAAAAUGCUAUUUUGAGCAAUUAUUCAAUACAAGUUACGAGGAUAACUUUACAAAUAUUCGUACAUUCGGUACAAAUAGAAACCUUGACCAAACUUGUAGAAUUAGAUAGAGUGAAGUAAAUCAUGCCAUGAACAACAUUGGAGGUAGAAAAGCAUGUCGUCGAGAUGGAAUCUAUAGCGAGGUUCAGGAUUCCCUUGUAAAGCUUGGAGACGUAUGUCUUACCAAACUACUCAAUGCUCUAUUAUGGUGUGCAAAGAUGCUAAAUAAGUGGAUAAAGAGUUGAUUCCAAUUCAUAAACCAAAGGAGAUAUUGCAAAAUCGUGGUAUUAAACUUAGAUGGUAUACAUCAAAGCUCUUGGAAAGAGUGAUAUACAUUUGACGUAGGGAUAUUAUAAGGGUAGAGAGCCAACUUGGAUUGGAUCGCAGGCAGGUUUAUUAUAGAGGUUAUAUUUUAUAAUGAAGGUUGAUGGAAAUUAGAGCCCAUUUGGAUGGGCUUUUUUUUUAAGUGACUUUUAAGCAUAAGCCAAUAAGUUAGGAAUUCUAGCUUUUGGCUUUUGGCUUAUUUUUGUUAUUUUAACUAAAAAACAAGUGCUUAAAAACACUUGUUUUACUUUAUCCAAACACUACAAAAUAACUUAAAGCUAUUUUGGCUUAAAAGCACUUAUAAUAAGCCAAUCCAAACAGGCUCUUACUAGGGAUGAAGGAUCUCCUUAUGAUAUUCAUGGACUAAUAAAGGGUAGAUGAUAAGUGUAGCAAGAGAAGUCUUUUAGUGGGUAAUUAAAAGGGCAGCUCAGUGCACAACGCAUCCCGCGUUCAUGCAGGGUCCGGGGCAAGGUCACAUCCCAAGGGGUGUAAUUAAGAAGACAUAAAUUCAUAUAUAAAUGACAUAAAUGAUAUAUUUGAAGGAGCGAUCACAAGUGUGAGAAUGGUUGGAGGAGAUAUAAUGGGAGUUCUCACAGCAGUAGUUAUACAGGAAUAGGUCUUAGAGUCUGGACAUGCUUACCUUUGGAUGAACAAACCAAUAGUAUACACUGAUGUUCCAUGGUACAUGCUACUUAUGUAUUAAUUGAAGAAAUUAAAUGAGGUAGUCAACUAAAAAGUUGGAACUAUGAAAAAGUGCUCUACAGAGUAAAGGUUUAGGAUAAGUAGAAGACAAACACAUCUUAUCAGUGGACUAACCGUCUGUUUUUUUGAAGCUACACUGAACAUUAUGUCAAUUGUCAAAGGAAAAUUAUGUCAAGACUGAAGAAAAAAGCAAGCACCCAAACUAAAACAUUACAUCUGCUGAAGGUAAAUUCUGAUUCAUUUUAAGAACAAGAGGCCAAGUGGCACAGAUGCAACUAUCUAUCCCAGUUUGGUGCAAUGCUUGAUGAAUUGGAAAUCUGACUACAAGUUGUUUAUUGAAUAUGUACCAAGGGUUUUCUUCUGUUAAUCAUGGCCUCUAUGGAUAGAGCCACAAGAGACAUGAUUGUUGUAUGAUUUUGGUUUCCUUUCGUACGAGCUACUAAACAAAUUAAGUGUUGAAGUUGUGGAUGGAGUCUGUGCAUUGUUGGUUUCGUAGAUUGUGGUACCGGAGUUGCUAUUUGGAAUAUAUGAAUUGUGGAUACCAACAUCCUGUACCUGAUGUAUCUAGCCUAUAAUGCAGCCAUCAACUUCCUGUGGUUUGGCAUUUUAAAUGUUUGAGGAAGGAUCUGGCAUUAUAAGUUUGAUCUUCCUACUUUUUGCUUCUGAGGAAGAUUUUUGACUGUCAUUCCGCAGAGUACUGACUACUGGGAGAAUGCUCAAUGCAAUUACCUCUUGCACUGUAGUCUUUUGAUGCUUUAGUAUCAGAAAACAUUUAAAAUGUGUUGGUACAUGAUGGAGUACACUAAUUUUCUGAGGUAGGCUCGGCAGCUCUGAGGAGCCAUACGGUCAAACUUCAUAAUUUGAGUGGUGCAGCCUGUGAUUAUGGUAAAAUAAAGUGAAUUAGACUAAUAGUAGCAAUAGCUGCAGAUAUGGUUUGUCUGCUGUUUCAGUAUUUACACAACAUCAAUCAUCAUUGUGAUGCUGUCUUCUUCAACAAUUCAAGCGAAAUGUUGGAAAUACGUUCCAAACCUCUAAGCAUUAGUAUAGUAGUAAAAUCCCAUCAAUAAAUUCUUUCAAUGUUUUCUAUAUCUCUAGUGGUGCAAAAGUAAUAGAAAGGAUCCAUAAUUUUAUUUGACAGUACUCUUGGAAAUGUGAGGGGACAGCCCUUUUUCAUUAGGUCCAGGCAUCCAGAAUCAGGAAUCAUCCUACUACCCAUGCAUAAUUUUUAUUUUUUAGUUUGAUAUGAGCAUCCUUUUGAUUGACCACGACCCGUAGAAGUUCUUAACCUAGAGACACUAUGAAGCUUGUGCUUUAGAAUACAUUUUGUUGAUUGUUGCUUUAAAUUAUAUUCACUGACAGGGCCAAAACUGCCCAUAAUCUAUUGGACAAGAUCUAAAAUUGCUCUUCGUUUUUACCUAUUUAGCCUUAAAUACCUUCAAAUAUAGCCCUGAACAAUUAAAAAGGUCUAAAUAUGCUCCUCGCACUAACAGCGGAAGCCAUGUGGGGGUAUAUCUAGACCUUUUUAGUUUCUUAGGGGUAUAUUUGGACCAUUUUUAAUUGUUUAGGGAUAUGUUUCAAAUUGUUUCAUGUGCUACUGAAUAUGUACAUUUUAUUUUUCAGCAAAGAUGCAUAUGUAUAUAUAUAGAGCUUAGAUAUCUCCUUUGACGAGAAAACAGAGACCACAAAAUUAAAAUUAUUAUUCAAGAAAAUAUAACACAUGAAGCUAACAACAACAACAACAACAUACCUAGUAUAAUCCCACAUAAUGGGGUCUGGGAGGGUAGUGUGUACACAGACCUUACCCCUACCUUUGUGGAGGUAGAGAGGCUGUUUCCAAUAAACCCUCGGCUUAGGCAAGCAUAGAUACCAUAAUAAUAACAAGAAAACAAGACAGGACAACACCGAAAAAUCAUGUAAAAGCAACAUACACAACAAGAUAUGACCGAAAU